AUGAUGCCCAUUCAUUAUUAGAGACAACUGUCGCAGAAAUCCAGGAGAACUCCAGUCUCCACCAACAGUAUGUAUUUAUAUCACCUCCUCCUCUAUUACCGCACUUUUAUAUCCUAUUUUUAUAUAGACAAUAUUGUAGGAUUGGAUUCGCUGUUACACUAACGAAUAAUCAUAGACCUCGUGUAAAAAGAGUCAAAUUAGUCCCCUGGAAACACAGUCAUGAAAUUAUAAAAGCACAGUAGCUUCACCCUCAAACCUAAUAGAUUGCCAUCCCUUAAGAUGCUUAAAGAUUAUGGACUCACUGAGGAAGAGAAAGGAACUUACGGAGAUAGGUAAUUAUUGGGUUUCGACAAGCUUGAACUCUUGGGAAGGUACUUCAUUUAUUUUACUCUUAUUCAGGGGAGGAUUUGCUCUGGUCUGGUUGGCAUCCAAAGGCAAUCAGAAGGUGGCGUUGAAACAAAUAGCCAAACCACAAUAGAGCAAAGAGGCAAAAUUCAGUUACAUCAAAUCCGAAAACAUAGUCUAGAUCAUGGGAGUCGAACAUUCAAACAAAGAUACCUGGAUUAUACAGGAGUUGGGAGGCAAACCACUCAGCAAAGUGCUGUACACCAUGAAAGGGGAAUUCUACAAGGGAGAAAGAGUCUAUGCGGUACAAUCAAUCUAAUGUCUUAGAUAAGUGAGACUCAGUAAUUGUUGGACAUGUAUGAACAUCCACAAAAACUCAUCGAAUUGAUGCAUGGAAUUUUGAAUGGAAUCUCAUGUAUCAAUGACAAACGUGUUACUCAUUUCGAUCUCAAACCAGACAAUAUUUUAGUUGAAAAUAAUAUACCCAAGAUCAUAGAUUUUGGAUCAGCAUUCUCUAAUGAGGACAAGGAUCAAUUCGGAAUGAUAACUCCUGAAUACAUGGCUCCUGAAGCCCUUGAUAUCAUGCAUAAUUGGACCAGAUACUCAAAUCAAUACAGCAGCUAAAUUGAAGCCCUUACUCAAAUGCAUGGGACUCCAAAAAUCGACGUUUGGAGUUAUGGUAUUUUUAUAAACAAAUCAAGGGGCAAUCAUACUUGACAUAUUACAUGGUGUUCCUAAUUGGCUAUCCUAUAAGGGCAAAAUCAUGAGAUAAGGAAGACCCCAAAUCAAAUAUGGCCUAUUUGCUGUCAAAGGAAGAGAUUUAAGCAAGUAAUUAUACACAUUACUCAUCAAGAAUCAUCUAAAAACAAUAGCAAUUGCAAUUGAACUCAGUCAUAAGACAGAACUGCAAUUAUCUAUCUUUGGUCAAAUAAAAUUAACUCCUAGAUUUACUAAAACAAUGUCUGGCCUAUGAUCCAAUGCAAAGAUCAGAAGCCAAAGAAUUACUAAAACACGAAUUCUUUAAUUAAAUCUGA